AUGUAUUCUGGCCGUCUAGUGAAUUCUUGUCUAAGGCGUAUUUCAUCGACUAGUAUUGCGCCGCAACGGUGUGCAUCGACAUUGUUAUUGCCGUGCCGAUGGAAAUCGUAUGUGUUGAAGUUCCUCCGCGGGCAGCUACCAGAGGAUCUGAAAGAUCUAAAUGGUGCUCUAGGGUGUCUAUAUGGGACACUUCCUGAUGUUGACGAAUUCGGUCAAUUUGUUAUUGCUCCUGAAGUUGUGGAACGUUUUCACCAACUCGGUUAUGUCAAACUACCUCACCCGGUGUUGGACGCGCAGCAAAUUGACAAACUUGCAGAUGAGGUUAAUGAACUUGCCAAUAACGUUGAGCAUCAUCCAAAGACAGAGAAAUUGUAUGCAACUUCCCUGGCCGAUUUGACAGGAGGGCCUCUUUUUUACUGUCAAGGUCAGUGGCGAGCUUCGUGGGGGAUGCAUGACCUUAUUUAUUUGCCUACUAUAACUGUUGCCGCGUCGCAAGUUCUUGGUAAUUCCCUUGUUCGACUUUGGUAUGACGAGGUAUUUAUGAAAGAAGCACGGAAGGGGCCCUGCGUUCCUUGGCAACAAAACUAUGCACGUUGGCAACACACAAAACCAGUCAACCAUGUAACUGUUAUGAUCGCCCUGGAUACUAUGAACAAGGACCGUGGUGCCCCUUGCUUGGUUCCUGGAAGUCAUCGCUGGAGAGAUGGCGACUUGCUUCCGGCAGUUCCAUACGAUCCUUCAAAGGACGAAGCGCAACAGUUGAACACCAUUUGGGAUAUUAUAAAUGAAGAAGAAAGUGAGGUACUCAUGGAUACGCCACCGGUGACGGUAGACAUGAAGCGUGGUGAGGCCCUUCUUAUCCAUCCACUGACGCUUUUUGCCACUCAUGGAAAUCGCUCCCUGGAUGCUGCCCGUUGCUGUUUCAUACACUAUAUGGGUGAAAAAACGUAUGCCACCCAAAAUGGACCCCUUUUGCCGCAUACAACAAAAUUCCAAGCAGGAGCAAUGAUUCAAGGGCCAUUUUACCCUGUGGUAUUUGAUCCUGCCAUGACGGAAGAACUUUCAAUGUUGCCCCCCGGCCCCACCCCAUCGAACGACAACCCUGGGGAAGCACGGGCCGAUCCUUGA